AUGAUUGGAGUCUUCUUUGCUCUGCUGGCGUUGGCCGCUGGGGCCUUCAGCUGUGGCAUUCCAGUCUACAGGCCCCUCGAAUCCAGAGUUGUGGGUGGAGCAGAAGCCAGGAAAUACAGCUGGCCCUGGCAGGUUUCCCUUCAGUACUUAUCCGGCACGGCGUGGAAGCACACGUGUGGUGGGACACUCAUCGAAAGCAACUGGGUCAUGACUGCUGCUCACUGCAUUGGUUCUCGGACCUAUCGCGUAUACCUCGGAAAGCACGACCUUAGCAAAAGCGAGUCCGGAUCCGUUGCCAUUUCUCCAAAGAAAAUCAUUGUUCACCCAAAGUGGAACCCAAGCAGAGUUUCAGAUGGGAAUGAUAUUGCUCUGAUCAAACUGUCCGAACACGUCACCCUGAGCGACAAGAUCGAACGCGCAUGCCUCCCGAAAGCUAACAGCAUCUUGUCCAACAACUCUCCUUGCUACGUCACGGGAUGGGGAAGGCUGAUUACAAAUGGUCCAUUGCCAGACGUCCUUCAGCAGGGGCGCCUGCUCGUGGUGGACUACGCCACCUGCUCCCAGUCCAGCUGGUGGGGCAGCACGGUCAAACGCAGCAUGGUCUGUGCGGGCGGCGAUGGCGUGAUCUCCAGCUGCAAUGGGGACUCAGGUGGUCCGCUCAACUGCAAAAACUCUAGCGGAAAGUGGGAGGUGCAUGGCGUGGUCAGUUUUGGAUCCGCUCUGGGCUGCAAUUACCGCCGCAAGCCUUCCGUCUUCACGCGGGUCUCCGAUUUCAACGACUGGAUCGCCGAUGUGAGUUUUGGAUCUCGGCCUACAAUUCCUUCUAAUGGAUGCGGUGCCAAGUGGGGCUUUGGCAUGGAACGUUUUGGGCGGGAGGAGACGUAG